UCAACUUCUCUCUGCUCUGUGUCUCCUGCCUGUUGAGUGUCAGUCAGUCCAUUGACGCAAGUGGCUCUGCUGUGGGACUGGAGUGAGUGUAACGGGGCCAGAACACCACUGAUGAAACAUACACCUUUAAACAGAACUGGAUUUUAUAACACCUGUUGGACAAGGGGACUGAGGGGACUCUCUACUGUGGUUACUCUCUCCUCUCUACCUUCAAAGGAAAUAUUGAAGGACUGUUGCUGUUGAGUUUUGAAGUCCCCAGAGACUGAAGUGAGAGAAUAGGAGACAGACAAGGAUUUUCAGGAUCCAGGAAGAAGAGAGGGGACAGUAGAGGCUGUAAAAUUUCUUACGUUUGGACGGGAGAGACAAUGUCUAACAAAGGUGACACUGGAGGUCAACCUGCUGCCACAACAACAAUCAGCACUAUUGCCGUGCAGGCUGGCGACUCUCAGAUUAUUGUCACUGUGCUCAAGUGUGGGGAACUUGUAAAGCUGCAGUUGACUGAAGCCAAUCCCAACCUGCUGGAGAUCGGCAGCAACCAGGACGAAACAAAGAAACUGCUGGAUGAACACCAGCAGCUCCUGAUCAAACUCAAGAAACAUGAGGCAGGCGUGUGGGCUCUGCUGGAAGAGGCAGACAGGAUGGCAGAGGAGAAGAAGGAGAAUGAAGGGGAGGUGUACGAGGCCAUGGCUAACUCGCUGAGCGAUGCCUGGAGGACCCUGAUCUUAAUGCUAGAGAAGCGCAGGUCGCUGUUACACCUGGCCUCAGAGUUCUUCGACAGGGCCCUGGAGUUUGCUAUCAGAAUUGAUGAGGGAGAAGAGUUCCAGAGCAGAGAACAGGAGCUGGCAGAUGCUGAGUGUCUGAAAGAACUGCUCCUGAAACACAGUGUUAUGAAGAGAGGUCUCCUGGAGAAGUCCAUGCUGGUUCUGAAUAAGAGCCGUGAUCUUCUAGACUUCCUGAGAGAGUUCCAGACGGAGGAGGCUCUACAGAGGAGCGAGGCUUUCCAGGGGGCUCACAGCAGCUGUGGCCGGGUGGAGAGUCUUAUGGAGAUACUGCAGGAUAGGAGGAGACAGGUGGAUCAGCACAUGAAGCAGCAGCUCCUUGACCUGGAAGUCAUCCUCAGCAUCUACCAAUGGGAUCGGCAGGAACAGGAAGUAACCCACUGGUUCAAGAGCAAUGCUGACUUGUACUUUGAAAGAGAUCAUUUGGGCUCAACUCUCACUGAAAAUGAAGAGCUCCUUCAGGAAUACAAGAAGUUUGAAGAGAAAGCCAAGGACUGGAGUGAGUUGGUGGAGAAGUUGCUGGCCAAGGCCUCAGAGCUGCUAGCGGGGGAAGCAGAGGGCCGGGCUGAGACGGGACAUGUCUCUGAGAGGAGUCUGGCUCUCAGAGCCCUGCACGAGCACUUCUGGAACCUGAUGACGGGCCGCCUCGCACACUUACAGGAGAGCAAUGCGUUCUUUAGCAGUGCCAACAAGGCUUUUGGGGUCCUGGGAACUGUUGAGAGUAAACUAAAGGGGUUGAAGAGCCAGACACUACGGUUGCCUAAGUUGGCCAAAAAGCACGAGGAGCUGCUGCGAAGCAUUAAAGAGUCAGCCACCGACCCUCUUCAGAGAGGACAGCUCAUACUGCAGAAGGUUGACCCACAGAGCACCCAAGUGGAAGGGGUGAAAAGGAUGCUGGGAUAUGUGAGAGACCGGGUUGAUACUCUGAGCCGGGAAUGCCACGCCCACCGAGCCCUGGCAGCCAAGAGACAGCAGCUGGUGUCCACAUGUGAAGACCUAAUAGACAAGAUCUCGGUGUGGCUAAAGAGCAGCAACUGUUUCCUCUCCAGCAACACUGAGCCAGGCUCCCUGCUCUCCCAGUCUGAAGACAUGCUCAACAAACACCUGGAACUCUCCUCACAAACACAGGAAACAGGCAUUGAGGCAGAGGCCAUGGCAGAACAGAUAACGGAACUGAAAACACUGGAGUGUCCUGAAGCCACUGAGUUCUCCAACAAAGCAUCACUGUUAGAGGAGGAGCUGAAGACAGUCACCAGAAACGUCACAUCCCGCAUUGACAAUAUCCGACCAUACGUGGGCUUCUUGCGAAUUGCUGAGGAGGUGGAGGAGCAGAUGCAGAGUCUACAUGAGAGCUAUAACUGGAAGCCAGAGGAGGAGGAGAACAAGGAGAGUGGCAUCACGUCGAAGGAGAUCGCUGAUGCUAAGUGGCAGUCCAUGUUGGAACGCUUCCUUGCCAUGCAGGACCUGGGAAACAACUACAUCAAUUCAUCUAACAUGGUGAGUGAGGACCUGAACCUGAAUGUGAGGGCAGCCAUCAGUGUGGUGGAAAAGACCAUGGAGGAGCUGAACAAGAAGAAGAUGGACCUGUCGGACCUCUGGACCUCUUGGCAGCUCCACGUCAAUCAGGUGAAGUCCAUCAAGAAACAGUGGAAGAAAUGCAAAGAACAAUUGAAAAAGACUGUUCAUGACCUGAAGAGUGUGGAGGAGGUUCUUGUCCCGACUUCUAAAGUAGAUCUGGGAAGUGACCUUCAGACUGUGUCAAAGCUACUGGAGAACUUUAGCCUAGAUAAACCCCAGUUCCUGCAACUGAAUGCGGAGGUAGAAUACAUGGUGAAGACAUCAGAACUGUUGGCACUGAAAGGGAUUCCUAUCAAAGAGAAGAGUGAGAAGGUCACAGAGAUGCUUCACCUUCAUCAGAGAGUGAAAGAUAACAUCAAAGAGUAUGAGUCUGUCCUAAAGAUGGCUGUGAAGUUCCACCAGCUUUAUGAAGAGUUGGAUAAGCUGUUAACGUCGGAGCCUGUGACAGGGUUCAGUGAGACGAGCCAGGCUAAGAUCCAGCUGAUCCAACACCAGGACAGACAGAGCCACAUCAGACACCUGUACAAGCUGGCUAUCUCUCUGGGAGGAGACAUCAGCAACACUGUCCAGCAGUCGCAUGUCUCAGGGUUUACAGUGCGGCGUCUGCAGGAGCGUCUGGAGAGACUGGAGAGAGGUUGUGUGAACUGGAGCACCGAGGCCAACAGGUGUGAAGAGAGCCUCACCAGCAACCUGCGCUACUGUGUCUUCAAGGAGGAGAUCACUGAGCUGAGAGAGUCAUUCAAGGAUCUCAAGAAGAAAUUCAACAACUUGAAGUUCAAUUAUAUGAAGAGAAACGACAAGUCAAGGAACCUCAAAGCAGUUAAAAACCAAAUCCAGCAGAUAGAGAUUUAUAAUGAAAAGUUACAGGUAUUGAAGAAGAGAAUGCAGGCUUUCACAGUGAAAGUGACAUCCAGCACAGAGAAGCAUCUGAAAGGCAGUAGCCCCAGAGAGAUAGAGGAUGCUGUCAAUGAGCUACAGAGACAGCUGGGGGACUUUGACAAGACUGUGGAGGAGUACAGAGGGAACCUGGACAUGAGCGUGAAGCUGCAGCAAGCUAUGGAGGAGUAUCAGUUCUGGUGUGAUGAAGCAAGUGCUACAAUUGUGAGAGUAGGGAAGUACUCUUCCCAGUGUAAGACCAGGGAAGCAGUGUCUAUUCUUUACAAGCAGUUUGAGAAGUUUGUUUGGCCCACUGUGCCCCAGCAAGAGGAGAGGAUUAGCCAAAUCACAGAACUGGCUGUCCAUCUGCAUGGUGCUGAGGAGGGAAAGAAGUAUAUGGAGAAAACUCUCACCAAACACAAUGAGAUAGUGGAAUCGAUAAAGGAACUUUGUAAUGGAUUAAUGGAUUUGGAGGCUAAACUACAGAAUGAGGCUGUGAAGGAGGAGCCUGAAAUAACAAAAAUGCAUAAUGUCAUACAAGAGGAAAACAAACAAGAACAAAAAUCAAACCAAGAAACAGAGAAAGCUGAGAUGUACCCCCAUGAGUCUCUUGAUGUUUCUGAGCUGAAAGAAACUGGACACACUCCUGAACUAACCAUGGGAGGGAACGGGAAAGAGGUACCCAUCAAAACAUUAGAAAAUACAAGAAGCAAGAAACCUCAUAUCCGCAAAACAAGGAGCCAGGACCUUCCAGACAAACGCCACCCAGAACAUCACAACAAAGUGUUAUCAGAGAGCAGGUAUCACACACAGAAGGCGUACUCAGAGAUGAGCAGAGUGGAGACGAUCACCAGCAGGUCAACACAGGAGAGUAAAGAGCAGCUGAGCACCUCUUUCUGCUGCACACACACCUUCAACCUGUCCUGUUCACCACUGGAGAGGGACAGGAAAGUCCAUGUGCUCCAACAGGCAGGGAUCAAGUCUCUGGUCACCUCUCCUACUCUUCCUCCUCCCCCAGCCUUCACUUCAGCUCCCAGCUUCUCUGAUAUACAGAGAGAGUUCCAGAAGAAGGAGAGACAGGGCCCUGCUCAGAGGAACUUCCCUGGGUUUCAUACUUCUAAUACUGAUCAGAUUGGUCUUCUUAUAGGCGAGGCUUACUCCCAAGAUGUAUCACCCCUGCUGCCUCCCGCAGGUGGUCUGACAGAGGGGAACCUUCAGCGGCAUAACCUCAUGACAGAAGAGUCCCUGUCCAAUGACGAAUAUGAGUGCACUUCCCCUGACGACAUUUCCCUGCCCCCGCUCUCCGAGACCCCAGAGUCCAACAUCGUCCUAUCUGAGAAUGACCUGGACCUGGAUGGUUUCUGUCUCAGCUCCCAGUCCCACACCAUUCAUAUCAACCAGUACAGCCACCAGUUACGCUCCACACGUAAUAAUGAAAACAACAACAGCCAGAGCCAACAGAGGAUCAGAGAGCAGACUGAAAGCUGCCACUCUCCUACAUUCGGCCUCAACACCAAGUUCAGAGAGGAGUCCUCUUCUUUCGUCCAGAGCACCCUGACUGUCCCAGCACCGAUUCUGGUCUCAAACACACUCUCCAGUAUUCUGAAAAGCAAGGGAAUCCCCAACCUCCCUAAUCUCCCAGCAGUCGCCCCCCUAGGCCUAAACAAGUGCCACCAGACCGUGUAUUCCGUGCAUGAGAGCUCUGUCACAGAGAUGCAGGAGUGUGUGCAUGACCCAAGCAGCGUGAUGGUCCGAGGAGCUGCCGUGCCCUCUGCAUUCCCCACUGCUGCCACCACUCGUUCUCUUAACACGCAUGCUACCCCCUCCCCAUUAACCACCACAGCAGUCACACCCACAGACCCGGGCCAAGACCCAGACCUGUGCAAUCCAACAGCCAUCAAAGAAGAGAUCAGGCUGCCUGGUACCAGCCGGUCCGUGGGGAGCACCCUAGCAGGCCAGGGCCCUCCUCACUUCUCCAAACUACUGUCUAGUCCCACAGUUAUGGAGGGAUCGCCUGUGACCCUGGAAGUGGAGGUCACUGGAUUUCCAGAGCCUACUUUAACAUGGUUCAAGAAUGGAGAGAAACUGACCAAUGAUGAGCACAUAGAGCUGUCACAAAAAAAAGGCAAACAUGCAUUGUUCGUUCAGAAGGUCACUGAGACCGAUGCAGGCCUCUAUGCGUGCCGGGCCGUCAACCCAAGCGGCACCCUGUCCUCUAGUGCCGCUCUUCAGGUGAAAGCACGUAACAACAGCUGUCCCGAACCAGACUACGCUCUUCUCAAGCUGGACUGGCACACUUGUUUUGGUACUCUGUGUUUUCUCCUGUACCUCCUGUACUCAUUGCUGUUAUGAAGUAAUACAAAAUAUUAUAUCAAGCUUAACCCUAAUUUUAACUGUGAAAUCUGUAAGGCUGCUUGAGGUGUCACUUCUGAACCUGAUCCCAAUAACUAUUACAUACUACAACCAAAACACCAACUGUGUGUAUGAAUGUGAGCUUAAUUUAUUUGUAGUUUAGACAAUUGUUUAAUUUGUGCAUAAAACCAAAUUAUAUCUCAACUUCAGUCAAAAUAUCCUUAAUAUUAUACUUAUAUUUUAUCUGAUUUUUAUCUAAGUUAGUGCAUUUGAUUCUGUGCCUCUGACCAAAUGUCCUACAAUUAAUGAGAGAAUAAGGUAUAUUUAUUAAUAAAUGCUAAAAACAGUAAUUUAGCAAUUUCUUCAGUUUCAAUACUGUAUUACAGUGCAUUCGGGGGAACUAUUAAGACCCCUUGACUUUAUUUCACAUUUAGUUGUUUUCAUCAUCAUUGUAUACACAAUACCCCAUAUUGACAAAGCAAAAACAGGUUUUUAGACAUUUUUGCACCCCCAAAAAAAAUUUAAAACGGAAUUAUCACAUAUACAUAUGUAUUCAGACCUUUUGUUCAGUACUUUGAUGAAGUAAGUACCUUUGGCAGUGAUCACAGCCUGGAGUCUUCUUGGGUAUGAUGCUACAAGCUUGGCACAUGUGUAUUUGGGGAGUUUCUCUAAUUCUUCUCUGCAGAUCCUCUCAUGCUCUGUCAGGUUGGAUGGGGAGCGUCGCUGCACAUCUAUUUUCAGGUCUCUCCAGAGAUGUUCGAUCGGGUUCAAGUCUGGUCUAUGGCUGGGCCACUUAAGGACAUUCAGCCACUUGUUCUGAAGCCACUCUUGCGUUGUCUUGUCUGUGUGCUUAGGGUCGUUGUCCUGUUGGAUGGUGGACCUUUGCCCCAGUCCUUGCAGCUGAAAAACACCCCUACAGAACAAUGCUGCCAUGACCAUUCUUCAACGUAGGGAUGGUGCCAGGUUUCCUCCAGACGUGAUGCUUGGCAUUCAGGCCAAAGAGUUCAAUCUUGGUUUCAUCAGACCAGAGAAUCUUAUUUCUCAUGGUCUGACAGUCCUUUAGGUGCCUUUUGGCAAACUCCAAGUGGGCUGUCAUGUGCCUUUUAAUGAAGACUGGCUUCUGUCUGUCCACUCUACCAUAAAGGCCUGAUUGGUGCAGUGCUGCACCGAACUUCUUCCAUUUCAGAAUAAUUGAGGCCACUGUGUUCAAUGCUGCAGAAAUGUUUUGGUACCCUUCCCCAAAUCUGUGCCUCAAACUAAACCUGUCUCAGAGCUCUACGGACAAUUCCUUCAACCUCAUAGCUUGGUUUUUGCUCUGACAUUCACUGUCAACUGUUGGACCUUAUAUAGUCAGGUGUGAGCCUUUCCAGAUUAUGUCCAAUCAAUUUAAUUUUCCACAGGUGAAUUCCAAUCAAGUUGGAGAAACAUCUCAAGGAUGAUCAAUGGAAACUGGAUGCACCAGAGCUACAUUUUGAGUCUCAUAGCAAAGGGUUUGAAUACUUAUGUAAAUAAGGUAUUUCUGUUUUUACAUUUUGUAUAAAUGUGGAAAAAUGUCUAAAAAUCUGUUUUCGCUUUGUCAUUAUGGGGUAUUGUGUGUAGAUUGACGAGGGAAAAAAUGUUUUUAAUCUUUUUCAGAAUAACACUGUAACGUAACAAAUAUGGGAAAGGGUCUGAAUACUUUCCGAACGCACUGUAUGCCCUUCCUAUAAAAGUCUCAAUCUUUGAGAUAUGAUGGUAAAUUGUGUUAGCCAAGUCCCCUUAAAUAUCAAUGUCUUUCAAAUAAAGUAAUGCUUCUGAUAU